AUGACGGUCAAAGAAGCGCAUGCAAUUAUGACUCAGUUACAAGAACUGGAGUUUCCGCGUGUGUUUUCUAAGGCUCGACAGAUCGCUCUAUUAAAGGCCGGAGGUAUCCCGACUAUGUCGAAGCUUUUCGCAGUCACAGCACAGAACAAUAGACGCAACGCUGGGAAGCGUGCCGUUGACACAGAAAUCCUCUUACGGGAGUCUCAGUCCCAGCCUCGAGAUUCGGAUCGUUAUGCAUCAGCCGUGGCGAGAAUGAAUUAUCUUCAUGCCCGCUACCGGCGCGCUAACAAAAUUACUGAUGGCGAUCUUCUCCAUACCCUCGGUGAUGGUCUUGCUGAGAUCCUGAAUGUCAUUGAAAGAGAGGAGUGGCGAAAGCUUACAGAUGUUGAGAAAUGUGCCCUUGGUAUUUUUCACAAAAACCUAGGCGAAUAUAUGGGAAUCCCAUUUGAUGUGCUUCCCUCAAAAGCAGAAGGAUGGAAAGAUGGACUGCACUUCGCGCUAGAACUGAGAAAGUGGACAAUCCACUAUGAAGAAGAAGUCGCGAGACCCCACCAGCCAAACGUGCACCCCAGAGAGUAA